CGGCGUUGCCGUCUCCUCCGCGCACCGCCCCGCAGCUCCUGCGUGCUCUACUUUUCAUCUGCUAUUGUUCCAGAUUGUUUUCUGCGGGCGAACCUUGCUCGGAAACUUACAAAGUGUUGGAUAGCCCCUGGUUGGAACUGAGGGACUGCAGACCGCCUCUGGGUAGCUGGAUGAAACCCACCCCGUCCCCUUCUGGUACCAAAGUGCUUAGUCCUCUCCAAAGUGCCAUGUCUGAACUGUUCCUGGGAAGAAGCGGCUUCUGAACGUGCCCACACCUUUGCACCUGCCUUGCGCUCCCCAUUCCUCGGCCACCUUCUCCGGCCGAAGCAGGACGGAGAAAGCUCCUCUUGAACGUCCUCCUCCGUGGAAGCCGGUUCUCCGACGCUGGGAGCUGAGGCUGAACCUGGGGGAAUAUUGGACUUGGAGGAGUCUGCGCGCUCUUCUCCCCGCGCCUGGCGGUCGCUGCUAGUUCACCGCUGGGUCCCCGCGCUCGCUCCCCACCCCACCCACUUCCUGUGCUCGCCCGGGGGGCGUGUGCCGUGCAGCUGCCGGAGUUCUGGGAAGUUGUGGCUGUCGAGGAUGGGGGUCUGUGGGUACCUGCUCCUGCCCUGGAAGUGCCUCGUGGUCGUGUCUCUCAGGCUGCUGUUCCUUGUACCCACAGGAGUGCCCGUGCGCAGCGGAGAUGCCACCUUCCCCAAAGCCAUGGACAACGUGACGGUCCGGCAGGGGGAGAGCGCCACCCUCAGGUGUACCAUAGAUGACCGGGUCACCCGGGUGGCCUGGCUAAACCGCAGCACAAUCCUUUAUGCUGGGAACGACAAGUGGUCCAUAGACCCUCGUGUGAUCAUCCUGGUCAACACGCCAACCCAGUACAGCAUCAUGAUCCAGAACGUGGACGUGUAUGACGAGGGCCCGUACACCUGCUCCGUGCAGACAGACAACCACCCCAAAACAUCCCGCGUCCACCUCAUCGUGCAAGUUCCUCCCCAGAUCAUGAAUAUCUCUUCAGACAUCACUGUGAAUGAGGGCAGCAGUGUGACCCUGCUAUGUCUCGCGAUUGGCAGACCAGAGCCGACUGUGACAUGGAGACACCUGUCAGUCAAAGAAGGCCAGGGCUUUGUGAGUGAGGAUGAGUACCUGGAAAUCUCUGACAUCAAACGUGACCAGUCUGGGGAGUACGAGUGCAGCGCCUUGAACGACGUCGCCGCACCUGACGUGAGAAAAGUGAAAAUCACUGUAAACUACCCUCCCUAUAUCUCCAAAGCCAAGAACACUGGAGUUUCCGUUGGUCAGAAGGGCAUCUUGAGCUGUGAGGCCUCUGCAGUCCCCACAGCUGAAUUCCAGUGGUUUAAGGAAGAUACCAGGUUAGCCACUGGCCUGGAUGGAGUGAGGAUUGAGAACAAAGGCCGCAUAUCCACUCUGACUUUCUUCAACGUCUCAGAAAAGGAUUAUGGAAACUAUACUUGUGUGGCCACAAACAAGCUUGGCAACACCAAUGCGAGCAUCACAUUGUAUGGGCCUGGAGCAGUUAUUGACGGUGUAAACUCGGCUUCUAGAGCACUGGCUUGCCUCUGGCUUUCAGGGACCCUCUUUGCCCACUUCUUCAUCAAGUUUUGAUAAGAAACCCUAAGUCCUCUGAGCAACGCCUGCUUCUCCAUGUCACAGACUUUAAUCUACACUGCGGAGGGCAAACCAGUUUGGCUUCUUUUUAUUUGUUUCUGUUCUUCUU